CCAAGGCGAGGUCGGCACUCCCCGUCCCCGCGGCUGGCGCAGGACCUCGCUCGAGCGGAGCGCGCACGGGGAGCGGGUCGCGGGGCGGCGGCGGCGAGGAGGCGGCGAGAAGGAGUCGGAGGGGGCGAGGAGGCGAGGGCGGCGAGCCGAUAGGGGUCCCGGCCGCCCCGCGGGCCAAGGUCGACCCCCCGCGCGUGGGCGAGCGCGCCAGCCGGCCCCCGCGCGAGGGCCACCGCCACAAAGACAACGCCGGCGGCUGCUCCCCAUGACUUCCUAGAGCGCGCGGUCCCCGCCGAGUCCGCUCCCUCCCGGGCCGCGCCCCGCGCCCCCGUGCGUCCCCGCGCGCCCCGACCCGCGCCCCGCCGGCAUGGACGUCCACACCCGCUGGAAAGCGCGCAGCCCGCCGCGCCCGGGCGCCCCGCUGCUGUCCCCACCGCUGCUGCUGCUGCUGCUGCUGCUGCUGUGGGCGCCGCCUCUGAGCCGCGCAGCUCAGCCAGCAGAUCUCCUGAAGGUUCUAGAUUUUCACAACUUGCCUGACGGAAUAACAAAGACAACAGGUUUUUGUGCAACGCGGAGAUCUUCCAAAGGCCCAGAUGUCGCUUACAGAGUCACGAAAGAUGCUCAGCUCAGCGCACCUACCAAGCAGCUGUAUCCUGCGUCUUCAUUUCCCGAGGACUUCUCCAUUCUAACCACUGUGAAAGCCAAGAAAGGCAGCCAGGCCUUCCUGGUCUCCAUCUACAAUGAGCAGGGCAUCCAGCAGAUCGGCCUGGAAAUGGGCCGCUCUCCGGUUUUCCUCUAUGAGGACCACACAGGGAAACCAGGGCCAGAGGACUAUCCCCUCUUCAGGGGCAUCAACCUGUCGGAUGGCAAGUGGCACAGGAUCGCUCUCAGCAUCCACAAGAAGAACGUCACCUUGAUCCUGGAUUGUAAAAAGAAGACCACCAAGCCCCUCGACCGCAGCGACCACCCCGUAAUCGACGUCAACGGCAUCAUCGUGUUCGGAACCCGGAUCCUGGAUGAGGAAGUGUUUGAGGGUGACAUCCAGCAGCUGCUCUUUGUCUCGGACCAUCGGGCGGCUUACGAUCACUGUGAGCACUACAGCCCAGACUGUGACACCGCGGUCCCCGACACACCCCAGUCACAGGAUCCCAACCCGGAUGAAUAUUACCCAGAAGGAGAAGGGGAAGGUGACGCGUACUACUACGAGUACCCCUACUACGAGGACACAGAGGACCCGGGCAAGGAGCCCGCCCCCACCAACAAGCCCGUGGAAGCUGCUAGAGAGACCACAGAGAUUGCCGAGGAGCAGACCGCAGCCCCCACGGCAGCCCCCUCAGUGCCCGACACCAGCGAGGGGGCCGGGAAGGAGGACGACCCCGGCCUCGGGGUCUACGACUACAUGCCCAGCGAGGACUACUACACGCCCGCCCCUUAUGAGGACCUGAACUACGAGGGCUUCGAGAAUCCCGACCUGCCCCCCGAUCACGGCGCAGGGGCCGAGGUUCCCACCAGCACGACCAGCGCGGCCAACGCCUCCAAUCCUGCUCCGCCUCCGGAAGAUGACUUGGAAGGCGAGUUUACGGAAGAAACCAUCAGGAACCUGGACGAGACCUACUAUGACCCCUACUACGACCCCACGGUGUCCCCGUCGGAGAUAGGGCCGGGCAUGCCCGCCAACCAGGACACCAUCUACGAAGGGAUCGAAGGACCCCGAGGAGAGAAGGGCCAGAAGGGAGAGCCUGCCAUCAUUGAACCAGGCAUGCUUAUGGAGGGGCCGCCAGGCCCCGAAGGCCCCGCAGGUCUCCCAGGACCUCCGGGAACGAUGGGACCCACCGGCCAAGUGGGUGACCCUGGAGAAAGGGGUCCCCCUGGACGCCCAGGCCUUCCAGGGGCUGAUGGGCUGCCCGGCCCUCCUGGAACCAUGCUCAUGUUGCCCUUCCGCUUUGGAGGGGGCGGUGACGCUGGCUCCAAGGGUCCCAUGGUGUCGGCUCAGGAGUCCCAGGCUCAGGCCAUCCUGCAGCAGGCCCGGCUGGCGUUGAGGGGGCCAGCUGGCCCGAUGGGUCUGACGGGGAGGCCCGGCCCCAUGGGCCCUCCGGGGAGCGGAGGUCUGAAGGGCGAGCCGGGAGACAUGGGGCCUCAGGGUCCCCGAGGAGUGCAGGGCCCGCCUGGCCCGGCCGGGAAGCCUGGAAGAAGGGGCCGAGCUGGGAGUGACGGAGCAAGAGGGAUGCCGGGGCAAACGGGCCCGAAGGGCGACCGCGGCUUCGACGGCCUGGCUGGACUGCCGGGGGAGAAGGGCCACCGGGGUGACCCUGGUCCUUCUGGCCCACCAGGACCUCCGGGAGAUGAUGGAGAUCGGGGUGAUGAUGGAGAAGUCGGGCCCAGAGGGCUGCCCGGGGAACCCGGGCCGCGUGGUCUGUUGGGGCCAAAGGGGCCCCCGGGCCCUCCUGGACCUCCGGGUGUGACGGGUAUGGAUGGCCAACCAGGUCCGAAAGGAAAUGUGGGCCCCCAGGGAGAGCCCGGCCCCCCGGGACAGCAGGGCAAUCCAGGUGCCCAGGGUCUCCCAGGCCCCCAGGGUGCAAUCGGUCCUCCAGGGGAAAAGGGUCCCCUGGGGAAACCAGGCCUGCCAGGAAUGCCCGGUGCUGACGGACCCCCGGGGCACCCUGGCAAGGAAGGCCCUCCAGGAGAGAAAGGAGGCCAGGGUCCACCCGGCCCCCAGGGCCCCAUCGGCUAUCCGGGUCCCCGAGGAGUCAAGGGAGCUGAUGGCAUCCGCGGCCUGAAAGGUACCAAGGGAGAGAAGGGUGAAGACGGCUUUCCUGGGUUUAAAGGCGACAUGGGAAUCAAGGGCGAUCGGGGGGAGAUCGGCCCCCCUGGUCCCAGAGGAGAAGAUGGCCCCGAAGGCCCGAAGGGUCGUGGAGGUCCAAACGGCGACCCGGGUCCUCUGGGACCCCCUGGGGAGAAGGGAAAACUCGGAGUGCCGGGAUUACCAGGUUACCCGGGAAGACAAGGGCCCAAGGGUUCUAUCGGAUUUCCUGGCUUUCCUGGUGCCAACGGAGAGAAGGGCGGCAGGGGCACACCUGGGAAGCCAGGACCACGGGGGCAGCGAGGCCCGACGGGUCCGAGGGGCGAACGGGGCCCCCGGGGCAUCACUGGGAAGCCUGGCCCCAAGGGCAACUCUGGAGGCGAUGGCCCCGCUGGCCCUCCGGGUGAACGGGGACCCAAUGGACCCCAAGGACCCACCGGUUUCCCUGGACCCAAGGGCCCUCCUGGCCCUCCGGGCAAGGACGGGCUCCCGGGACACCCUGGACAGAGAGGAGAGACCGGUUUCCAAGGCAAGACCGGCCCCCCAGGGCCCCCGGGCGUCGUGGGCCCUCAGGGUCCCACAGGAGAAACGGGCCCAAUGGGCGAGCGUGGCCACCCCGGGCCCCCAGGCCCCCCCGGUGAGCAGGGGCUCCCCGGCCUUGCCGGGAAAGAAGGGACGAAGGGUGACCCAGGUCCUGCCGGCCUCCCUGGGAAAGACGGCCCUCCUGGACUGCGUGGUUUCCCUGGGGAUCGGGGGCUUCCCGGUCCAGUGGGAGCACUCGGACUGAAAGGCAGCGAAGGCCCCCCUGGCCCGCCAGGCCCCGCGGGAUCCCCCGGAGAGAGAGGCCCGGCCGGUGCUGCUGGGCCCAUCGGAAUCCCAGGGAGACCCGGGCCCCAAGGACCUCCAGGGCCGGCUGGGGAGAAAGGAGCUCCUGGUGAGAAGGGUCCCCAAGGCCCAGCUGGCCGAGAUGGCCUCCAGGGUCCCGUGGGGCUCCCCGGUCCGGCUGGCCCCGUGGGCCCCCCCGGAGAAGACGGAGACAAGGGAGAGAUCGGGGAGCCUGGACAGAAGGGGAGCAAAGGGGACAAGGGCGAGCAGGGUCCGCCUGGGCCCACCGGUCCUCAGGGCCCCAUCGGACAGCCAGGCCCCUCCGGAGCCGACGGCGAGCCGGGCCCUCGUGGCCAGCAGGGCCUUUUUGGGCAGAAAGGUGACGAAGGUCCAAGAGGAUUUCCUGGGCCCCCCGGGCCAGUGGGGCUGCAGGGUCUGCCGGGACCUCCCGGAGAGAAGGGCGAGACUGGGGACGUGGGUCAGAUGGGACCCCCGGGCCCCCCCGGCCCCCGAGGACCCUCUGGAGCUCCAGGCGCUGACGGGCCACAAGGGCCUCCGGGUGGCAUAGGCAAUCCCGGUGCGGUGGGAGAGAAGGGUGAGCCUGGCGAAGCCGGAGAGCCUGGCCUGCCUGGAGAGGGGGGCCCUCCGGGACCCAAAGGAGAAAGGGGCGAGAAGGGCGAGUCGGGCCCUUCUGGUGCAGCUGGACCCCCUGGACCCAAAGGCCCUCCUGGGGACGACGGUCCCAAAGGCAGCCCCGGCCCUGUCGGCUUUCCUGGAGAUCCUGGUCCCCCCGGAGAGCCUGGCCCCGCGGGUCAAGAUGGCCCCCCUGGUGACAAAGGGGACGACGGUGAGGCUGGGCAAACGGGAUCCCCGGGCCCUACUGGUGAACCGGGACCGUCUGGGCCUCCAGGAAAAAGGGGCCCCCCCGGCCCCGCAGGCCCCGAAGGCAGACAGGGAGAGAAGGGAGCCAAGGGGGAAGCCGGCUUAGAAGGCCCUCCUGGGAAGACUGGCCCCAUUGGCCCCCAGGGGGCCCCUGGGAAGCCUGGCCCCGAUGGCCUGCGAGGGAUCCCUGGCCCUGUGGGUGAGCAAGGUCUCCCAGGCGCCCCAGGCCCCGACGGCCCCCCCGGCCCCAUGGGUCCCCCAGGACUCCCCGGCCUCAAAGGAGAUUCUGGCCCUAAGGGGGAAAAGGGUCAUCCAGGCUUGAUCGGGCUCAUCGGACCUCCGGGCGAACAGGGUGAAAAGGGCGACCGCGGUCUCCCCGGCCCCCAGGGCUCCUCCGGCCCUAAGGGCGAACAGGGCAUCACUGGUCCUUCCGGCCCGAUCGGCCCUCCGGGCCCUCCUGGCUUGCCGGGUCCUCCUGGGCCAAAAGGUGCUAAGGGCUCCUCGGGUCCCACUGGCCCGAAGGGUGAGGCAGGCCACCCAGGACCCCCCGGGCCGCCGGGUCCCCCCGGCGAGGUCAUCCAGCCCCUGCCGAUCCAGGCAUCCAGGACCCGGCGGAACAUCGACGCCAGCCAGCUGCUGGACGACGGGGCCGGCGAGAGCUACGCGGACUACGCGGACGGCAUGGAGGAGAUCUUUGGCUCCCUCAACUCCUUGAAGUUAGAGAUUGAGCAGAUGAAGCGGCCCCUGGGCACGCAGCAGAACCCCGCACGCACCUGCAAGGACCUGCAGCUCUGCCAUCCCGACUUCCCGGACGGUGAAUACUGGGUAGAUCCUAACCAAGGCUGCUCCAGAGACUCCUUCAAAGUUUACUGCAAUUUCACGGCCGGAGGGGCGACGUGCGUCUUCCCCGACAAGAAGUCCGAGGGGGCCAGGAUCACUUCUUGGCCCAAAGAAAACCCGGGUUCCUGGUUCAGUGAAUUCAAGCGCGGUAAACUGCUCUCCUACGUGGACGCCGAGGGCAACCCCGUGGGUGUGGUCCAGAUGACCUUCCUGCGCCUCCUGAGUGCCUCCGCCAACCAGAACAUCACCUACAACUGCUACCAGUCGGUCGCCUGGCAGGACGCGGCCACGGGCAGCUACGACAAGGCCAUGCGCUUCCUGGGCUCCAACGACGAGGAGAUGUCCUACGACAACAGCCCCUACAUCCGCGCCCUGGUGGAUGGCUGUGCUACGAAGAAAGGGUAUCAGAAGACCGUGCUGGAGAUCGACACCCCCAAGGUGGAGCAGGUGCCCAUCGUGGACAUCAUGUUCAAUGACUUCGGUGAAGCGUCACAGAAAUUCGGAUUUGAAGUGGGGCCAGCUUGCUUCCUGGGCUAGGAGCCGCGAGCCCGACCCCCGAGAGCAACCUCGUGACCUCAGCGCGCCGUCUGCGGGCGUCCUGGACAGUGAAGGCCCCUCGUCCCUCCCCCGACCUCGUCUGCGCCCGGCUCCACGCCGAGCCGGACCCCAGACCCACAGAGCAAAGGAAGAGAGCUGAGUCCCCACCCCGGAGCCGAAUCACAUGACCUAGACGGCCCACCGCCACCGGCACCCCGCUGUCUCAGCGCCCUUCCGUCGCCACCACGCCACGGGGACGGGAAGGGGGCCGCACUUCUUGCCACGGAGCGGGGGUGGGGGCUGCACUAUUCGGAGAUCCCUUUUUUUGUUGGUUUUUUUUUUUUUUUUAAUUCAACUUGAAGAUGUGUAUUCCCCCUUCAAAACGUGUUCUGAGGUGAGCCUUGUAAGGGUCAUCCCCACCUUGCCAGAGCGUCUGUUCUCAACUACACGAUCCAUUCGCGGGCGAAAUGUCGUUCCGCAUGUGCCUUUCCGAUGGAUUCAAGGUGCUUCCGUUUUUGUGAGUUUUAAGUAAAUAUUUGUAUUGUAUUGUCAUAAA